AUGUACGAAGUUUGCGACAUUUUUUGCGGCUGGGAAUCAACCAACCGCCAAGUGCAGCGUGCGUUAAGUAGUGGGACACACACGCCAACCCCGGAUCGCCCUCCAACGGGAUCUAGAUUAAUUCCCACCUCCACUGAUGAUGCACAGAUCGGUCCUCAAGCUCUCCCGGUCACCUUACGGCUCUAG